AUAAUAUCCAACUUAAAAUUUCUGGGAAAUGUCUAAAAAGAAGUUAUCGAAUCGUCCCGAGUGGAACGACAGAUUUGUAGAAACUCAAGAUUUUAAAUCAUCUAAAGCAGACCUGCUACAAAAGAAGAUCAAUCUUGUCUCAAAAAAUAGAAAAGCAGCUAAGCAAGAGUGGAGGAACAAACAGGAAGCUCUCAUGCGCGGUCAAGUUCCUCAAGAAUACAAAGAAUGGCUUGGCCCCAAGCAGAAGAAAUUUACUGCUAUGUCUACCUUCUGAAAUGACCGUGCUUUGCAUGAUGAAUACCAGAAUAGGUUCAGAAAAAGACAAGAAUCUGCCUUUACACAACCCAAGAGAGUAAAUCACAAAAAGAUGCAAAGAGAAGUUGAGAAGAAAGAACUAAAGAUGCAAGGAGCUCUAAAUAAUGACUUUCAGAAGCCCCAAAAAGGACAGAAAGGAAGGAAACGGCCAAUAACAUCAACCAAGCCAGCUACUAUUCGUGAUAAAAGAGUUAUUGACUAUGCCCAAGAUAGUCCCAAACAAGAGGAAGAGGAUGUGUUCAAAGUUUAUGAUAAAUAUGACAGAAAAGAUUAUAAGUUCAACUCAGACUUGCAUGGUGAAGACAAGCAUAAUGACCAAGAACAGCUUGAUGAAGUCAUUGAUAUCAUGAAUGAUAACAACCCUACCUAUAACCCCCCUGAAGAGAAGGAACGAGAGAAUAAAGAGCAUGAUUACCUUGAUUUCCAGGCUAAUCUUGAUAAUCUUAAGAAAAUACAUCAAGAGCAAGAAAAAUUUGACUUUGCAAAUGACGACCUUGAUUCUUGCUUCGGUAAAUUAAACUCUCUACUUGGCUCAAAACCAUUUGAAAAACCAGUUGAGCAAAGAUCUGAACCAGAGAAGGUAGAUUUUAUUGCUUCUAAAGCGCCAGAAAUUGUGAAACCUCAGACAUCUGGCUUUCAAUCAGAUUAUUCUGCUUAUAACUUCAAUUUACCGCCAAUGCCAAAGCUAGAGACUCAGGAUUACACAGACAAGCCUGAAUAUUUACAGAAAGAGGAUGAAAAUCCAGCUGAAGAGGUUCCCAGUUUGAUUCCUAAUUACAAAGGAAUUUAUAGCUAUGAGAACAGCGAGAAUCAGAAUCCUAAUUUGAACCCUCUUCAAAGUUUGGCUUGCACAUUUGCCAAGAAUGAGGCUAGUCCGGAUACAUUUAAGCUUGGACAAGGGUUGAAUGACCCUCAGAGCUUAUUUAAACCGUAUGAGCAUCCAGAGCAACCUUCUUGGCAAGGAAAUAUGUCAAACGCUCAGUAUUCUAGUGAAUUAGAGGUCUCUCCUAUUGAUAAAAAUGAGAAAACUAGUAUCAGUCCUGAGAGUAUUGAGAAUAAAUCUCAAGAAAGAACUCAAGGGAUAGCUCCGAAUAAACUGCAAUGGAAUAAUAGAGAGCAGAAUUCAUAUGUAAAUAACUUUACACCUGCUGAUAACGAUUCUGACGAUGAGGAGGAAGAGGAGCAUAGGGAGAUUCCAAUCCAUAUUGUUCGCCACAUGGCUCAGUACCAAGCACCAAGCCCAAACUAUCCAGCUGCUCCUCAAAACCCUUCCUCAAAGACUUGAUUUGCAGAUCUAAUUCAAAACACUCAUAAUACAAACUCAUCAACCUCAAACUCAAUUCAAACUGCUCAAAAUCCAACUUUCCAAAAACCUCAGCCAACUCCAGUCCAAUCUACAUUUGUUGCAGCCCCUUCCAACCCUCCUGCACCAGCUACAGACUUCUCUAUCUUGAAUACUUCAGACUCAGAUCUGGCUAAUAUCCGAGCACUGAUCCAAUCGACCCAAAAUGACAUUCAAAACAUGAACAUCAAUAUAAACUUAUAUGAGUAA